AUGCCCGCCGGAGGCUCGGGCAGGGUGCCAACUGGGUUCGCUGCAGAGACGUACAUCAGCGACCACACCUUCCGCCAGGGUCAGCGCGCCAUCGAGAGCGGCGCAGGGUCGAAGAAAAGAAAGCGAGAAGGCAAGGGCGAUUCGAGUGUCGUGACUGGCGCAGGCGCAUACAAGGGACCAUGGGCGAAGUAUGAGGAAGAGAGGCCAGAUGCUGCCUCAGACGAUGAGUUCGGGUCGGACGUUGAGGUGGAAAUAGUUUACGAGGAAGACGAGAUUGUCGACAACGCUGCGCCCGCGCAAAAGAAGCUCGCUGGCACAGACUACCGCGAUACCGAAGCCGAGGGCGAGACGAGCGAGUUUGUAGGCAGCCAGCAGUACGACUACCAGGGCCGGACGUACAUGCAUGUGCCCACAGAUCUCGACAUCAAGCUCACCGGCGAUUACGAGCCCAAGAACUUCAUACCGAAGAAGCUGAUCCACACCUACAAAUACCACACCAAGUCGAUUACCCAGGUUCGCUUCAUGCCUGACAGCGGACAUCUCCUACUUUCCGCAUCCGCCGAUUCGAAGAUUGCGCUAUGGGACGUCUAUCACCAACGCGAGCUCCUGCGAACAUACUCUGGGCAUACAAAGUCGGUUGUCGACAUCGACUUCAACCCCAGCGGCACACAGUUCAUAUCAGCUAGUUACGAUCGCUUCAUGAAGCUAUGGGACACAGAGACAGGAAAGUGCCUGAACAAGUUCACAACUGGCAAGACACCGCACGUGGUGCGCAUCAACCCCAGUACACCACACGAGUUCUUGGCCGGUAUGAGCGACAAGAAGAUCCUGCAAUACGACACAAGGAGCGGAGAGAUGGUACAGGAAUACGACCACCAUCUGGGGCCUGUCAACACAAUCACCUUCUGCGACGAGAACCGCCGCUUCAUCACCACAUCAGACGACAAGUCCCUACGCGCGUGGGAAUACGGCAUUCCCGUACCUAUCAAGUUCAUCGCCGAACCCUACAUGUUCUCCAUGGUCCGCUCCUCACCCCACCCGUCAGGCAAAUACGUUGCCUUCCAAUCGUCCGACAACCAGAUCACCGUAUACAGCUCUACCGACCGCUUCCGACAGAACCGAAAGAAGAGUUACAGAGGGCACAAUGUGGCUGGAUAUGCACCAGACGUGGCGAUCAGUCCAGACGGGCAGUUCAUUAGCUCGGGUGACAGUGGAGGUUUCUUGUGCUUCUGGGACUGGAAGACGUGCAAGAUGUACCAUAAGAUUCCAGCGAGCGAUGCGCCUGUACUGUCAGUACAGUGGCAUCCGAGGGAGUCGAGCAAGGUGGUUGCUGGUGAUCUGAAUGGUGCUCUGAGAUUGUACGAUUAG